CUCCUUACGCAGGCUGUGCCCACAAUGCAUUUCGAAUGAACAUGGCUGACUCUUUCCUGGGAGUGCUAUCCGAACGAGAAUGAAUGUGCUUUUUCUGUGCCAAAACAGCCGACAUUCUCUGAAAACGCUCUAAUAUCCAGGUCUUUGGCGUUCAUGACACAUAUUAUGUUUUUAUAAUCGUGAGGAGCCAACGAGUCCCUGCUUACAUUUCCGGGACACCUUCCUGUGAUUGCUGACCAGAUCCAAGAUGGCAGGAGUUGUAGCCAAAAGAGAGGGACCACAGUUCAUCAGCGAGAUAGCCGUGAGGGGAAACGCCGCCGUGCUGGACUACUGCCGCACCUCAGUCUCCGCUCUGUCCGGAGCAACAGCGGGAAUCCUCGGGCUGUCUGGGCUGUAUGGCUUCAUUUUUUACUUCCUCGCCUCUUUUCUCCUCUCUCUGCUGCUCAUUCUCAAGGCCGGACGGCGGUGGAACAAAUGUUUUAAAGCACGGAGGCUGCUCUUCACCGGGGGCCUUGUUGGAGGUCUUUUCACUUACGUCCUGUUCUGGACUUUCCUCUACGGAAUGGUGCACGUGUACUAAAAUUAUUUAACCGUGAAUUAGUCCUAUCUAAUGCUACAUAAACUAAUAAUAUUGUCUGCCCUGCUGUUUGUAGAUAAGCCAUUAGUAAAAUACUUUUUCAAAUAUGAACUGUUGAUUAAUCGGCUAAUGUGUCAAUUAUAAUAGAAUGAAGAAUACUGUUCUCUUAUCCUUCUGCUCCACAAUUUGUAGCGACUUUAUCCAACAUGUAACUCGUGCUCUUCACUACAGAUAAGAGCCAUAGUCACGAUAAUGUAGUUUGUAGUGUAACAUAGAUCAACAAAGAUUACACCCUAACACGGUGUAAGCACUUUGCAUUGUAUUCAUGUAUGAUACUAUGGUUAAAUUAUAAUAAAUAUGAUUACUGAUUAAAAUGAAUACCUCUUUA